ACUCCAAUUUCAAUUUCAACUUCCAAUCCAUUGGAUUGGAUAAGCCUUUCUUCCUUUCCAACCUCUCACUUUCUCACUUUACAACAAAUAAUUCAACCAAAUUCAAAUGCUAAUCUCUCCAAUCCAUUGAUUCCGCCGCUAUGAUUUAGAAGUCUUCCCUUCUACUUUCUCUGUAUUUUGUGAUUAUUCAUCCAACCAAAUGGCAGCAGUCACUUCAGUUUCAUUCUCUGCAAUUGCCCAAUCCUUUACCGAAAGAAAAUCAGUUGCCUCAUGGUCGCGUUCUUUCUCUUCAAAUUUCGACUCUUUCCGUUUCCCUGUGGGUGGUUUUUCAUGUCAUUACGUGGGUGUUAAAGCUUCCAAUUCUUCAUCUUCUCGGAUGCUUAUUCAUUGCAUGUCCACUGCUACAGAUGUUCCGCCUACUGUCUCUGAGACCAAGUUCAAUUUUCUGAAUUCAUAUAAGAAACCAAUUCCCAGUAUCUAUAAUACUGUCCUUCAAGAGCUCAUUGUCCAGCAACAUUUGAUGAGGUAUAAGAGGAGUUAUCGUUAUGACCCUGUUUUUGCCCUUGGUUUUGUUACUGUCUACGAUCAACUCAUGCAAGGUUACCCAAGCGAUGAGGAUCGAGAGGCCAUUUUCCAAGCUUACAUUAAUGCCUUGAACGAGGAACCUGAGCAGUAUAGAAUUGAUGCAAAAAAAUUGGAAGACUGGGCUCGGUCUCAAACUCCCAGUUCAUUAGUAGACUUUUCAUCCAAAGAAGGAGAAGUUGAGGGGAUAUUGAAGGACAUUGCAGAGAGAGCUGGGAAUGGGAGUUUCAGCUACAGCCGUUUCUUCGCCAUUGGGCUAUUUCGUCUUCUCGAGCUCUCAAAUUCUACUGAGCCCACAGUACUAGAAAAGCUUUGUGCAGCUUUAAAUAUAAAUAAAAGAGGUGUGGAUCGGGACCUUGAUGUGUAUCGCAACCUCCUUUCCAAACUGGUUCAGGCGAAAGAGUUGCUUAAGGAGUAUGUCGACAGAGAGAAGAAGAAACAAGAAGAACGGGCGUCAUCUCAGAAAGCUAAUGAAGCAGUCAAGAGUUGUCUAGGUGAAGCCCUGCAUGUGAGCUAGUAAUCCUGUUGGUAGCAGUUCCCACAAUACUGAUCAAAUCCUAUGGAUCUUCCACAUACUGAUCUUCUCUUCUUUGUUGAGGGAGAACUUCACACCAAUUAUCAGCUUGUGGACAUGCAUUUUUAAGUCUGUUGUUAUGGAUAUGGUAACUACUGAUACAUCUUGUCUUCAUACUACAAUGUUUAUAUCUUUGUUUCCUUUUAUUCACAAGUCUUUUUCCA